GGCGGGGUCCUCAAGUCACAGCGUUCCCAACUCGUUUGGUGAGCUGUCCCGACCAGCCGAGAAGUUUAGAGGAGAACAACUUUCAUCGGCGCUUGAUAAAGUUGACCAAGUCCAGUAAGAUGCGGUGGAGUAUGGAGGUGUCGAGAGUGUGUGUGGCGUGUUUGUCGUUGUGUGUUUCUGUCAUCAGCGCUUUCUCUCAGUCUCUGGACAGCGACUUUACCUUCACUCUGCCCGCCGGACGCCAAGAGUGCUUCUUCCAGACCAUGAAGAAAGACGCUUCGCUGGAGAUCGAGUACCAGGUUCUGGACGGAGCCAGUCUAGAUGUGGACUUCUACUUACAGUCGCCCGGCGGUCACAUCAUAGCCACUGACUACAGGAAGUCCGACGGGGUUCAUACAGUGGAAACGGACGAGGGAGACUACAUGUUCUGUUUUGACAACACGUUCAGUGCGGUUUCUGAAAAAGUAAUCUUCUUUGAGUUGAUUUUGGACAAUAUGGGGGACGGCGAGGAAUCGGAGGACUGGAAAGCGUACGCGCAGGGAGCAGACCUUCUGGACAUGAAGCUGGAGGAUAUCAUGGACACCAUCAACAGCGUGAAAUCCCGCCUGGGAAAGAGUCUCCAGAUCCAGACGCUGCUGAGAGCCUUCGAGGCCCGCGACCGCAACCUGCAAGAGAGCAACUACGAGCGGGUCAACCUGUGGUCGUGUACCAACCUUGUCGUCAUGGCGAUCGUGUCCGGGCUCCAGGUCUACUUGCUGCGCAGCCUCUUCGACGACAAGAGGAAAACCCGCACGUAGCCUCCUCCUCCUCCUCCUCCUCCUCCGCCGCUGCUGACUGAAAGACACAAACACACACCUCUGUCCGUCUCUGUCCCCAUCAAGUGUCCUUGGACUGAGAACAGCCGGAGUCUCCUCCACACCUUUUUUUUACGUCUCGAGACAAUCAUGUUCUACUUGACUAAGCCGAUAAAAUGAGAGAUUGAAGUUGAUCUCUAAAUCGCUGCUAUGUGACAGAUCUAACCAGGAAUACGAGUUUUAAAUCUGUAUAGACGAUCAAAGGCUAUAGUUUUGCCUAUUUGUGUGAUGUGUAGUUACUGAAAUCUUCCAGGCACUGAUAAGAAUACACUGACUUACUAUUUUUGUAACAAGCAGUAUUUAGAAAUGUCUCCAUUUUUAAAGGGUUCGAGGCAUACGAUGUGCAAUUAAAAUAUGAAAGGCUUUUUGGUGCGUUCACACACCCACACCCGUUCACUUGUUCGUUACGGAUCAUUUUACCAUGUGACGCACCCAACACACAAAUACUGUGACCCUUUUUCUUAUUAACACUUUUUAACAGUUCACGGCGCUCCUUGUUUUUCGUCCGGGGUCUAUUAAUUUAUUUCAACAUGCAUUAAAAAUGAAAUUCAUACCUGCA